AUGUCUGAUUUCAAUUGGAAAGCCUUCGACCCCGAAACGCGCGAAGAAGAGAUGGCUAGGUUGAGGGAGCAGUUCCGGGGUCAUCCGUUCUUCAAUGGACCGCUUUACGAGGAUACCACUCCGACUACGUCUCCUGUGCCUACGUCUCCUGUGCCUACGCGCAGCCUUUCGGAUGUUACCAGAGAAACACCAGGAAGCGUUUCUACAACUUUCACAGAGACGGGAUCAAUUGGAUCAAAGCUUUCGUACGACACCGACCCGGAGUUCUCGGAUAUGAGCGAGCAAAUUGAAAGAAUGAAUCGCGUUGAGAGUGCGCACGCCUUCGAGCCGCUUCCGCUUUACGACACACUUCACCCAAGGAUUGCGCCUGCGGAUCGGACGGGAAUGGAGCUGGUGCGCCUACGCACAAAUAUGUUCCCUCUUCGCGUCGAUCCAAAUCGAGUGGUCUAUCGUUACGACGUCUGUGUUGAUUUGGUUAUUUCGUCUGAAGAACGAGGAGAGAAGAUCAUAUCGUUGAACCGUGGACCAAAGGACGAUAGUGAGAUGGCUCGUCGCAAUGAGGCCAUUCGCACUGCCCUUCAACGAGCACUUGAAGUCUACAGAAUUCUCACAGAGACCGGAGUCACAGUUUUUGACGGAACAAAUAUUUUGUUCUCAAACGAAUCGCUUGCUGCGGCUUUGAAACCGUAUAGUGAAACAUUGACUCUUACCAUGGCUCAACUGCCACCAGGAAUUCGUGAACUCAUCAUUUCAAACGAUGCCAAAGAAAUUCGUCUUUCUAUCCGUCCUUGCACUGAGCCGGCUCAUCGUUUCACAAUUGGCGACGCUGAACGGAAAAUUGCAUCGGGUGAAACGGAUCGACCUCUUCGGCAAUUCUAUGAACUUCUGACAAAUGAGAGCGCUUUGAGGAAGGAAAACUACGUCUUCUUUGGAUCCGGAAAAGGCUAUUUGAAAAUGAAUUCGUCGGAUGCUAGAAUGGAUAUCGGACAAGGACAUGAGCGUCGCCAAGGAUUUACUAAAGGAAUUCGAUUUAUUGAAGGCCCAAAAAACAAUGACAAUCGGCUGGUGACCGCUCUCGUCUUGGAUGCAAAAAUCGGAACAUUCUACAAAGCGAAUGGACUCCUCCAUACGCUUGGUGAACUCAACAAAUGGAAAGGACCCGAGGAUGUGGUUUGGAAUGCGCAAACACUGAAACGAACUAACACGUAUCUCAGAGGACUCCGCUUACAAUUUGCUGAUUCGAAAAAUUCCUUUAUGUGUUCGGGACUGGACUUACGGGAUAGAGAUGACUCGGACCAAGUUGAAUAUCGGACACUCAACGAUUGCGAAGAGAAACUCCCCGGAAGCACCAAGCUUAUGCCUGCCAUUGAUAAAUAUAAGGCCCGCAACAUUGAAAUCAAGUAUCCCUCAUGGCCGGUCGUCGUGCAAAGGAAACUGAAUCGACCUGACUACUAUGUUCCACUCGAAGUCCUUGAAGUUUCUCCGUAUCAACGUGUACCUUUAAACAAAGCCUUGGUUGAGCCGGACAAAGCCAAGAGACCAGAUGAACGCUGGCGCUUGAUCAAUAACCAUUUGUCGACGCUCGAUUUGGCCAGAGAUACACCGAUUCUUCAUGGUUUUGGUGUUAGCAUUGGUGCGGAUGCCAUUCGGACUACGGGAUUCAGAAGACCUGCACCAAGCGUGAUGUAUGGAGGCGUUAAAGCAAUGGUGGACCCUAAGAAGGUGACUUGGCGAUUGAACAAUGCUCGUUUCAAAGAUGGUGCGAAAGUGAAUCUCCUGAUCAUAUGCUGGAACGGCGCAGAAGGAAGACCUCGACCUGGUGAAGAUCUACGCUCCGUAUAUAAUGAAGUGCGAAAUUUUGUGCCGACAUUCAUGAGUGCCGCAACAAAGAGAGGCAUCAACAUCCAGAGGCACCAUAUCCAAGAGGAACCUACUGACAUGAGCAGCGAGGUUAAACAGGCCAAUCUCUUCAACAGAAUCGUUGAAGAACAAAAGCAACUUGAAAGGAGCGGCUCAAAAGGCAUGGUCUUUGUGAUGUAUAUUGAUCCAGAAGAAAACAAGACGCACGGCUACUUGAAGUUCUUGGAGGCAAGGCAUCAAAUUGUCACACAACAUGUCAGCCUUCGCUCAAUCAGAAAAGUCAAUUCGCAAAAAGGUGCUGCAACCGUUGACAACGUUCUCGCCAAAUUCAAUCUAAAGGCAUUUGGCCUCAAUUAUACGGUCGUGCCGGAGUCGUUUGCAAAGAAUGAAUGGACUCAAGAAACUUUGUUCUUCGGAUAUGAUGUUUGGCACCCAACAGGAACGUCAGUUGGUGAAAGAGCUUUGGGAUUUGCUGCAGAAAAUCCUUCCGUUGUUGGGUUUUCGCACAAUGCAACGUCGGACAUCAACUCAUUCGUUGGCGACUACGCAUUUCAAGAGCCUUUGCGAGAAAGAGUCAACGAUCAAGUGCUCAACUCAAGAGUUAAAUGGAUCUUAAAACAUUGGCAAAAGAAUCGAGGCGCGACGUUGCCAAAGUCGAUUAUCAUUUAUCGUGAUGGCGUUUCUGAAGGACAAUAUGAAAUGGUGCUAAAAGAACUAACAGCUAUCUGUGAGGCAUGCGACGAAUUUGAGCCGGGAUAUUCUCCAGAUUUUGUAGUCAUCGUGGUUGCUAAACGGCACAACAAGCGCUUUUUCAAAGAAGAUGGAAGUGGAAACUUGGCCGGAAAUCCAGAUCCGCUGACAGUGGUUGAUCAAGAAGUCACUCGAACGGAUAUUACGGAGAUGUACAUACAAUCUCACAUUCCUCUGCAGGGCACCGCCAAGCCCACGCAGUACGUUUUGAUUCACAGCUCGGUUUCCACAAUCACCCAGGACACUCUUCAAGCCUUAACCAUUGCAUUGACUUUCCAACAUCAGAUUUGUACGAUGCCCGUGUCUAUUCCCGAACCCGUGUAUCAAUCGGAUGAAUGGGCGAAGCGAGGGUCUGAAAUCUUGAAGGUCUACAAGGAAAAUUUCAAGCUGCCAAGGAAAGGGGGAAACAAUGCUGAUCGCAAAGCACCAAUCGAUUGGGAACAAAUGACGAGUCGCCUUGCAUAUAUGGGAAAAUCGCUCGAUGGCAUUAGAACAAAUGCU